AUGCGAUCUGUAUCUUCCCUUGCCGCCAUCGUUGCCGCCCUCGCUGUGCGAGGUGUCGCUGGUCAGUAUGACGACUGGAAAUUUGGCAACUUGUUCAUCGCCGGUCCUGCCAAGAGCGCCAUCAAGAAGGCGACUUACACCUUAUCUCCUCCUCCCAUCCCUUGCGGAACUCAAGUCAAGGACCCUUCGCACCAGCCCUGGAUGUCUAUCUGGGUCGGUAUCUCGGAUUCCGUCAGUGACCAAUCCUCGGAUCUGUAUCAGCCUCUUCUGAACUGGGCUCCUAACAACGAGCAAGAGGGUUGCCCUGCUCCUAACGAUGCGUGGUGCGUUGCUGCCAGUACCUUUGACUCUGGAACCCAGGUUGCCCAACCCUACGUGGCCAUUCCCAAGGGCGCCUCUGUUGGUUUUGAGAUCACCUACAAUGGAAAGGCCGUGACUCAGGUCGUUUCGAUCAAUGGCAAAGUUGUCUCUAAGCAGACUGACCGCACCGGCUCUCAAGUCCCUACCUACAUCUACUCGAGCAACGAGUGCUACCUGGGAGCUUGUGGCACCCUCCAGGAGUACAGCUGGGACGACUUCACCGUCGAACUCACAUCGGCCGACCCCAACUUUGGCAAGACCCUCACCGUCAACGGCGGCGACUCGACCGGUCUCAAGACUUCCGACGGCGGCAAGACCUGGCACGCCGACUCCAUCGUCAUUGAAAAGGAUUACUUCUACACUGACGGCUCCAAGAAGGAGUGCUCUUAG